AUAUAUUUAUUUUAUUUUUCUCUAACUCUCAUUUCAUUUUCAAAGCUGUCCAAGUGAUAUAAAACCACAAAAUCUAACACAUAUUGCAGAAUUCUACCUCAUGAGUCUCUCAGAUUAUCCUGCACUGCAGCCCAUCCUUUUUGGACUGUUCCUGUCCAUGUACCUGGUCACUGUGCUGGGGAACCUGCUCAUCAUCCUGGUCGUCAGCUCUGACUCCCGCCUGCACACCCCCAUGUACUUCUUCCUCUCCAACCUGUCCUUGGCUGAUAUCUGCUUCACUUCCACUGUGGUCCCAAAGAUGAUUGUGGACAUCUCAACUCACAAGAGAGCCAUCUCUUAUGUGGGCUGCUUAACACAGAUGUCUUUUUUGAUUCUUUUUGGAUGUAUGGAUGGCAUGCUCCUAGUGGUGAUGGCCUAUGACCGCUUUGUGGCCAUUUGUCGCCCUCUGCACUACACAGUCAUCAUGAAACCUCAAUUUUGUGUCUUCUUGGUUUUUCUGUCUUUUUUGUUUAGCCUUAUGGACUCACAAUUGCACAGUUUAAUUGUCUUACAAUUUACUUACUUCAAGGAUGUGGCAAUUUCCAAUUUCUUUUGUGAUCCUUCUCAACUACUUGGUCUUUCCUGUGCUGACACCUUUACCAAUAACAUUGUAAUGUAUUUUGUUGGUGCCAUGUCUGGUUUUCUUCCUAUCUCUGGAAUUUUCUUCUCUUACUACAAAAUUGUUUCCUCGAUCCUGAGAAUAUCAUCAUCAGAUGGAAGGUAUAAAGCCUUCUCCACCUGUGGGUCUCACUUGGCUGUUGUUUGCUUAUUUUAUGGGACAGCCAUUGGUGCAUACCUUGGUUCAGCUGUGUCGUCUUCCAUCAGAAAGAGCAUGGUGGCCUCGUUGAUGUACACUGUGGUCACACCCAUGCUGAACCCCUUCAUCUACAGCCUGAGGAACAGGGACAUUAAGAGUACCCUGAGGAGGCUCCACAGCAGAGCUGUCUAA